UCCUUAAUAGUAAAAUAAUGGUUUCCUUUUGAAGCAAGGAAAAUCCGAGUCUACGACCAUAUGCAACCGUAUCGUUCCAUUCCACAGAGUUCAUCAUCCCCCAUCGUCUUCAUAGGAACGCGUGCCCAAUCCCAACACACAAAACGCAUUUACUGUCUCCCUAUCAUUCUGUCCUCCGAUCUCGAUGACGAAACCUAACAGCGAAUUGAAAGACCAAGCCAUGGCUACGACCUCAGCCCAACGACGCAUUCAAGCCAUCCACGGUCACCUCGUCUCAUCCGGCGAUUCUCCCUCCCAGCUCCGUACUAACGCCACCUCCGGCGAGUUCUUCUCCGAGCAGGGGUACAGUGUUGUCCUUCCAGAAAAACUGCAGACGGGAAAGUGGAAUGUAUACCGGUCAACUCAUUCCCCUUUGAAGCUUGUGAGUAGAUUUCCUGAUCAUCCAGAAAUUGGUACACUACAUGAUAAUUUUGUUCGUGCUGUUGAUACUUUUCGAGAUUACAAAUAUCUAGGCACGCGAAUCAGGGUUGACGGAACUGUUGGAGAGUAUAAAUGGAUGACAUAUGGAGAAGCAGGCACUGCUCGGACAGCAAUAGGUUCCGGUCUAAUUUACUAUGGAAUACCUAAGGGGUCUUCUGUUGGAUUGUAUUUUAUCAACAGACCAGAGUGGCUCAUUGUUGAUCAUGCCUGCUCAGCGUAUUCAUAUAUAUCUGUUCCUUUAUAUGACACUCUUGGUCCAGAAGCUGUGAAGUAUAUUUCAAAUCAUGCGGUUGUUCAAGCAAUAUUUUGUGUUCCCCAGACACUGAAUUCUUUGCUGAGUUUCUUGUCUGAGAUUCCUACUGUACGUCUAAUUGUGGUUGUAGGAGGGAUUGAUGAACAAAUGCCAUCCCUUCCAUCAUCAACUGGAGUUCAGGUUGUAGCGUAUUCGAAAUUACUUAAUCAGGGCCGUAGCAAUGUUCAGCCCUUUUGCCCACCAAAACCUGAUGAUGUUGCUACCAUUUGCUACACAAGUGGUACAACUGGGACUCCUAAAGGAGCUGUUUUGUCCCACGAGAACUUGAUUGCAAAUGUCGCUGGGGCCACUUUUUCUAUGAAAUUCAACUCAUCAGAUGUUUAUAUCUCCUAUCUUCCUUUGGCACACAUUUACGAAAGGGCGAAUCAGGUCAUGACAGUAUAUUUUGGAGUUGCUGUUGGUUUCUACCAAGGGGAUAAUUUGAAGCUAAUGGAUGAUAUGGCUGCUCUGAGACCGACUAUAUUCUGCAGUGUACCUAGACUAUAUAAUAGAAUAUAUGCAGGCAUUAUGAAUGCUGUAAAGACUUCUGGUGGACUACGAGAGAGGUUAUUUAAUUCAGCUUACAAUGCUAAGAAGAAUGCUAUGUUGAAUGGUAAGAAUCCAUCCCCAAUGUGGGACAGAUUGGUGUUCAACAAAAUAAAGGCAAAACUUGGAGGACGCGUUCGUUUCGUUGCUUCAGGUGCUUCACCCUUGUCUCCUGAUGUGAUGGACUUUUUGAAGAUUUGCUUUGGUGGGAUAGUAACGGAAGGAUAUGGGAUGACAGAGACAUCAUGUGUUAUAAGUGCUCUUGAUGAGGGUGACAACCUAUCUGGUCAUGUGGGCUCUCCUAAUCCUGCUUGUGAAAUAAAGCUUGUAGAUGUAACAGAAAUGAACUAUACAUCUGAGGAUAAGCCAUAUCCUCGUGGCGAAAUCUGUGUUAGGGGUCCCAUUGUUUUCCAAGGAUAUUAUAAAGAUGAAGCACAGACGAGAGAAGUAAUUGAUCAAGAUGGAUGGCUUCAUACCGGAGACAUAGGGCUGUGGCUACCUGGAGGUCGUCUGAAGAUUAUUGAUAGAAAGAAGAACAUUUUCAAGUUGGCGCAAGGGGAGUACAUAGCUCCAGAGAAAAUUGAGAAUGUUUAUGCUAAAUGCAAAUUUAUUGCCCAGUGCUUCAUAUAUGGUGACAGCCUCAAUUCUUCUUUGGUAGCUAUAGUUUCAGUGGACCAUGAUGUGCUGCAAGCCUGGGCUGUGUCAGAAGGUAUCAAGAACACAAAUUUGGAACAACUUUGCAGUGAUCCAAGAGCAAGGGCUGCUGUCCUUGCCGACAUGGAUGCUGUUGGACGAGAAGCGCAGCUGCGAGGCUUUGAAUUUGCAAAAGCCGUUACUUUGGUGCCAGAGCCCUUUACUCUGGAAAAUGGUCUCCUCACCCCAACAUUUAAGGUUAAGAGACCUCAAGCAAAGGAAUACUUUGCAAAAGCCAUAUCGGAUAUGUAUGCCGAGCUGCCAACAUCAGAUCCUUCUGCUCAGAAGGCACUGUGAAAUCAAGUUUUGGGAUUCAGGAAAGCAUUCUGAUGCUUGUAUUCAGCAUCUUUCUACUGGUAAUGAUAUCACUGGAUUUGACAUAUAGUUCAAGGCUUGCAGCCGCGGUUUAUUUCUUCGGGAAUAAACUCAUAAUAAUUUUGAUUAUUGGAAGUUAUUGAUCCUCCGAGAAUCAUGCAUGUAUUGUUAUCAACUAAGAAGAAGAAAAUGUUAAGUCUUGUUAGGACUGCCAAGGUGUUAAUAAAUUGCAUAACCAUUGCCUUCUGUUA